AUGAGCACCCACUCACUCGAUCAGGCGCGGACCAUUGAGCUGCCACCUGUCGCUCCCGACGAAAGAGACAUUGAGGCAAAUCCGAGGGCACCUAUCGCACCGCCAUCACCCUUUUCCACGCCCGCCAAGGAAGUGGCUCCUCAUUCGCCUGAGACGUUCACUUCUGCGGCUCGAAUCGCAUCGCAUGAGACGGUCAGACAUCGCGUGCGACGCUCCAACACAGCCCGCUCGUAUCAUCCCGACAGCGUUGCUCACGAACCCCACUGGCAACCGGGAACAGAACCAGGCAUUGAUCCGAACAAAUCUCCUCCCGCCUACAGUGCCGAUUGGGCGCCUCAUAUACCUGCUGAAUUACACAGAAAAUGCGAGAUAAUCGUGGUGGACUUUUCGCAACAUGAAAUGAGGCAGUACGAGCUGGACAAUGACACGCUGGAAGCGUUCCUCGAGCGGCAAAGAGAGCCCUGGGUCCAGUGCAGGUGGAUCAAUGUCAAUGGACUGAGCUGGGAUGUGAUCAGAAUUUUAGGAAAACACAAGGGCCUUCACAGACUUGCAAUCGAAGACAUGAUCAACACGACCAAUCGUACGAAGGCGGACUGGUAUUCGGAUCACGCUUAUAUCGUGCUUACCUUGCAGAAACUGGUAAAGCUUAGGGAGGAGUCUAGCAGUGACUCUGAAGAGGAAGAAGAAGAUGGACGAAUCUCAUUUGGUCGCGACCGCAGAAGUUCGACAUCAAGUGGAAAGACUCAUUCACUGAAGCGACCAACCAAAAGAUCUCUCGUUGUGGCCGCAUUGAAGGAUCUCUUCACAUUUCGGUCAGCGAAGGAGACAGACGACAGAUAUGCGAAUGGGGCGAGCGUUCGCCCUUCGUCGGGGAGGGCCUCGUCAAAAGCCCAGUCCAAUCUGGGUGACGUUGUCAAUGCAGGGCACACGGCGCGCAGCAUUCAACGCUUCCGCGGAGGCCCGAACGAGGACAGGAUCGCGUUCAUGGAACGCCACGCUGUUCUGGCAUCGAAGGGCCUGAGUGUCACACUUGAACAGGUUUCGCUAUUCUUGCAUGCAGAUAAUACGGUCACCUCCUUCUUCGAGACCAGUGCCGACGACAUCGAGGCGCCUAUUGUUCGUCGCCUCAGUUCAUCGGAGACCAUCUUGCGCCAAUCCUGUGAUGCCAGCAUGCUCUUGCAGGCGAUAUUGGACGCCAUAAUCGACUUGGCUAUUCCAGUGACGAGUACGUAUCAAGACGCAAUCGGUGAUCUGGAGCUUGAAGUUCUCACAGAUCCCGACGUGGAUCAAUCCAAGAGCUUGUAUAUACUAACGUCCGAGAUUGCUGUUUUGAGAAGCUGCAUGCAGCCGAUUGUGACGGUCAUCAAUGCCCUCCGCGACCAUCGCUCAGAGCCCGUCAGUACACCGGGCUUCGGUCUCAAGCAACUCGGCACCACAACACCACUCUCAAUGUCGGGGUUCAACUCUGACGCUCAGCUCCAGGUGGGUGUAGCCACGCCGAAUCUCAAGAGCUUAGGUGGCUCCAGCGUAUCCAUCAGCAACAUGUGCCAUACAUACUUAGGUGAUGCGCUGGACCAUUGUAUCACCAUUGUGGAGACAUACGAUCAAAUGAGACGCGCUGCUGAUAACAUGAUCGAUCUGAUAUUCAACACUAUCGGUAAUUUCCCUGGGAGGACGAGUUGA